UGAACUCACACAAGCGUCUCCUUCGUCAUUUUGUGGCGGCAAAUAACUUCCCAACAAACCAACCAGAAAUAACGAGUCAGAACCCGAACCCGGACCCAAAUGACAGUCAUCGUGAACAUCACGCGCCUCUCUUUUCCUUUCCCUUUCCCUUCACACUCUCCUAAGAAAUCCCCUACGUCUCCUCCACUCUCCGUCUCUUUCUGUAGCAAAAUCCACAACAAUAACUCCACGAACACUAACAGUAACGGUAACGGCAACAGUGACAGUGACCGCGAAUCCAAGCAAGAUAGUAGAAAGAGAUUAUCCGAACAAUCGUCGUGGGAGGCGAAGGAUGCGGAGGGGAAUGACUAUCUUUACAGGCUUGGAAAAGAGGCAGACAACAUGAACAUUGCCGUCGGCGCUAGGGCUGGAGUCAUCGAUCCUCUUUUCGCCGGAAAUUUUCUCGGAAAAGACUCGGAUAUUGUGUUCGAUUAUCGGCAGAAGGUGACGAAGUCGUUUGAGUAUCUUCAAGGAGAUUAUUACAUAGCUCCAUUGUUCAUGGAUAAAGUUGUAUGUCACAUUGUGAAGAACUACAUUGCUCAUCUUCUCAAUACCAAAGUUCCUUUGAUAUUAGGUAUCUGGGGAGGAAAAGGGCAAGGAAAAUCAUUUCAGACAGAGCUAAUUUUCCAGGUUAUGGGAAUCGAACCUGUAAUUAUGUCUGCUGGGGAGCUAGAGUCUGAAAAAGCUGGAGAACCAGGAAGGCUGAUACGAGAGCGCUACAGAACAGCUUCUCAAGUGGUCCAGAACCAAGGCAAAAUGAGUUGUCUGAUGAUCAAUGAUAUUGAUGCUGGCCUUGGCAGAUUUGGAAACACUCAAAUGACAGUCAACAAUCAAAUUGUGGUUGGGACUCUGAUGAAUUUGUCAGAUAAUCCUACCAGAGUUAGUAUUGGGCAAGACUGGCGAGAGACAGAUAUCACAAACAGAAUUCCUAUCAUUGUUACUGGCAAUGAUUUUUCAACAAUUUAUGCUCCCUUGAUUCGAGAUGGAAGAAUGGAUAAGUUCUACUGGCAGCCUAAUCUUGAAGACAUUGUGAAUAUUGUUCAUAGAAUGUAUCAGAAAGACGGCAUAUCUAGAGAUGAUGUUGUAAGCAUUGUGAACACAUUUCCUAAUCAAGCUUUGGACUUUUAUGGAGCUCUUAGGUCCCGAACAUAUGACAGAUCAAUUUCUAAGUGGAUAGAUGAUAUUGGAGGUGCUGAAAAGCUUGCAAACAAACUUCUGAAUAAAAGAAAGGAUGAAAAACUUCCUGUUUUCACUCCUCCUGAGCAAACUGUUGAGGCUUUACUCGAGUCAGGGUAUUCUCUCCUCCGAGAACAACAGCUGAUAAUGGAGACCAAACUUUCGAAAGAGUACAUGAAGAACAUCGAUGACUAGAAAUUAAAAUGCCCAUUUAUAUGCUUUCCAUAUGGCGGUGUUAUUAUUUGGUGAGUUUGAUUAUUUUAAUUUGUUGUAUACGGUAGAAAGGAGUAGGUCAAUUAAUUUUGAAAGUAAUUAUUUUCUGAUAACUAUAUCAAUGAAGCAUCCCUUCUACUAUUGCAAAUUUGUAAGAUCAUUUAUUUUUGCAAAUUCUAGUACGGCAUCUCUGGUCUGUUAAUAUUUCUUAACCGAAAGCACCCGGUGUAUUAGAGCAGUGCAAUGUUUCUGCUCGCGUUGGUCAAUCUCAAAUUUUGGUCAUCUGGGGGCAUAUGGUCAUUUGCUUGAUGUUUCAAGAAUUUUGCAGUCUGGAUUUUUUUGCUUUGUCAGGUUAGCCUUUCUUUAGUUCAUUGCUUAUUCAGUUUUUGUAAAUUAAAGCCUCUUCUGUGUUACUACAAUUUUUGUUGUUUCUUAAAAAAAAAAAAAAAAAAAAAAAAUUCCCUGAAUGGUGAUUUGGUUUGAACCAUUUUGUUCUGGAAAAUCUGAGAGCAGGAAGCACACCCAUAACUCUUGUAAUCCUAAAAAUAAUACUGGAAAUUUUAAGAAAGUAAUCUUGGUUCAAAUGUUUCUAUAAUUAGCUUUUUUAGUUACAAUCCUAAUUAAAAUC